CUCUCUUUAACUUGAUUUAUAAGAAUUUGUUCGUUUGGACUAAGAAUGGCUGCGAAGCGAUGCUAUCUCAUGCAGUUUCUUUUGGUUAUGUUUCUUCUGCUAAUGAAGAACCAAGCAACAAUCACAGAUUCUCCAUCUCCUCAGCCACAACCAUCCUGGACUUUUCCUGCUUACGGUGCAACUCCCGGCAGCCUUCAUCCUCAAGAGUGUGCGCCUCGUUGUGGCGCAAGAUGCUCGAAGACAGCAUACAAGAAGCCAUGUAUGUUCUUCUGCCAGAAAUGUUGUGCAAAGUGUUUGUGUGUGCCUCCAGGCACUUAUGGAAACAAGCAGUUCUGUCCUUGCUAUAAUAACUGGAAGACAAAGAGAGGUGGCCCUAAGUGUCCCUAAAAAUAAGUGAUUUUUGUCCACUGCUUAUAAUCAAAUUAACUUGUUCAGUGACCUGUGUACUUAUUUGUUCCUAUUAGGGUUAGCUGCAAGAUAUGUUGCUUUCGUUGAGUGUGAGUGUACUUAUCUUUAUCAUGGUUCUAUGGUAAUUGAAGGCAUUUUUUUCCCUUUA